AACAACAACCUUUAAGUUAAAUACGGUGUGACUCUACAGUUACGUUUGAUGAGACCAGUGCAGAAACAACAAGACUGUUUAAUGUUAAUUCGCUCCCUCAGAACAGGUGAUUUAAAGUGACCUCAUUUCGGUGGGAAAUCCAACUCUGGUAUCAGAUAUGAUCCUAUACUAAAGGCAGAUGGUCCCGGUCUGGUUGAUGGAGCGGAGCCGAAGACGACUGCUUGUGUGCCGAGAACAUCCUCUUACCUCCAUUUGUCCACCGACGACAGCCCCCAAAAUCAGCAUGCAACUUGAGUUGAAGAAUGUGAAUAUAAGAGCUGGAGAUCAGCUGAAAGUGAAGGGUGUAAUUCUGCAUGAUGCUGAGAGAUUCGAGAUUGAUCUCGGCUGUGGUGCAGAGGACCUGGCCCUGCACUUCAACCCUCGUUUCCAUGACAACACAGACGGAGCCGUCCUUGUUUGCAACUCAAAGGCCGAUGGUUGUUGGGGCAGUGAGAAACGUGAAAUACACAACUCCCUACACAGGGGCAAAGACGUUAGGAUGGUGUUGAAGCUGACUGGAGACAUGUUUGAAGUGGACCUUCCUGAUGGACAUGAAGUACAGUUUCCCAACCGUGGCGGCAUGGACAUCAUCAGCUACAUCAAAAUUGCUGGGGACUUCAAACUGACUUCUUUAAAGAUCUGCUAAGAGACACAAUUGUUACUCAUAAUGACAUGUUUAUCGCUUGUAUGAACAAGUUGUAUGAAAUAUGAAUCACUAUCACAAGUAGAUUUUCAGUGAAUCGAAAAAGUUCCUUUUAAGUGUCCUGUUGUGCACAACAAUAUUAAAUGUUAAAAUUCAAAUUCAAAAACCAAUCUUCAUGGUCUUUAAAUGGAUUGAGACUUGCUCCACUUUACAUCCAGUAUCAGUGUGGUCGAGUGAGAGUAGCAAUCCAACAGAGACAACAAAUGUACUGUAACCAGUAACCAGUAACAGCCCGCUGAGAUGACUUGUGUCA